ACUUUCAUUUUGUAUCAUGUGGUAUUUAAAUUCUUGGAAAUUGCACGAAUCGUUGACUACUGUGUAUUGUAUGCUUUGUAAAACACUUAUGUGAUAUUAUAACAGACCCAUGUGAGCGAGACGAAGGGCUAACAUGCCACACAUUUAUAAAAUAUGUCAAAUGGAGGCAUGCUACAUUAUUUCCGUCCGUGAUUUUUUUUUUUUACGGUAAGCUCACGAAAAUCAAUGGAAACUAAAUAGACUUUGAAUGAAGAACUUGGAUUGAAAACUGCUUUCUUGUGGGACCAUGUCUAACAUGUCAAAAACUCAGUUGCUAAAUAGCAAUGCCAGCACGAACACAAAUUCGGCGAAUUCUCACGCGGAAUCAGUGCCGGGUGGUUCUGCGGACACUGGCCCGGACUCUGUGUCCUCCACUCACACCCAGGUGACAAAUCUCACCUCCACAACAAUAAACCCUCCCUCCUCCUCCUCUUCCUCUGCCCCCGAGGAGAAUUUGAGCCCCCCUCCCCAGCUGACCUCGAGUACCGCCCUCGAUAGUCAGCCCGCACCACAGAACCUGUCACAGGUCAACGUGUCUAUCCAGUCGACGGCCAUAGUAAAGGUCCAGAUUGAGUUGCAUGAUGGAACAGUGUAUGUUGUGGAUUCAAGCGAUGACUCAAAAGUUGUGGAGGACUUGUGUAUUCAGUUGCUUAGGAAAAAUUUCACGAAGAUGGGCCCUGCCGCUGUGCAGCUCUUUGGACUGGCCUCUAUAGACAAGAAACGGACUCCAAAAAUGCUGUGGGUAAAUCCUUGUAUUACCAUGGAGGAGCUGAAGAAACAGAUUCUGAAUUCACCCACUGCUAAUGCAAAAAACAUUUUCUACCUGAGAAUCAGGUACAUUCCAGGGAGGAAAUUUGUGCACAACUUGCCCAUUCUUGGACAGGAUCUCCUAAAAUAUUUAUACCUACAGUGUAAGGACGACUUUGUUAAAAGUCGCCUCAGUGAUAUUUAUGAACAGGAUAUAAAGAAUGAGGCCAAGGCUCGGGGCUAUGCUGUCCUCAGCAUCGUCAUUGCCAUCAAAAUGGAGAAUAAAAACUAUGAGGAGGUGCUCAAUAAACAGAAACUGGAUUCUUUCUUGCCCUCCCAUCUGAUCGUGAGAUUAUGGAGGGGGUACCAGUUAAAGAAGAACAUGAAGACAAAGACUGAGGAGUUUUUACUGCAGCACAGUACCACCACUGUGGAAGAACUGUGGCUGGGCUAUAUCAAGGAUGUUCUUAAUGAGGUACAGAGUUACGGGGUGGAGAGGUAUGAGGCCCAGCAGGUGACUACGGGGAGUCCCCGCCCGGUCAGAAUCACGCUGGACGUACAGCAGCACGAGGAAAACGGGGGAAACCAGUACAAGGGACUCUUUAUUCAUAAUGAAUUCUUUUCAUCAAUAGAUGAUUUCCGAGCCAUUCACAUAUCACCAAACCAUGCGGAGGAGAAGAAAAAGUCCUGGAAUGUUCAUCUAGACAGAUCUAAUGGCUGCCCGGUGGUGUUGAGAUUUGAGAGUAAAUCCGUAGCUGAGUCGUUUGUUUCUGGGAUAAACGGAUACUAUCGUCUGAUCACGGAUUACUACAUGAAUCUCUACCAACAGAUGGAGCUGCCGACUCUACAAGAGAUCAACAGACUUAAAUGUCACGGCCCUAUAGAAACUAACACAGCAGUUCGUAAGCUAAAAACCAAAUACCUGUCAGAUGAGUACUACAUUCUGAAGCAGAGCAUGCUGGUCUUUGACCAGUUGGCCAUUCUGUUCUGUUGUGGUGGACAGACCAGAAAGAGGCUGAUUGACCAGAGGAAGGGCCAGUACUGUCUGGAGGGGGAGGAAGAGGAGAAGUUCAAGGACAUCAACAGCAUCAUCCGAUACAUGUCAGAGGUCAGGAACCUCCUCCCUAAACACCCGGUCAAGGUCAAACCUCAACAAGAACCUGUUGAUGUUUUGAGGAAACUCUUUGUGGAAGAAAUAAUUCCAGAUGAAGAGGAGGAGGCAGCCUUAAACAAUCAGAAAAAGAAACCACAUCUCAUCCUUCCAGAGGAGGUCAAUGUCAAAGAGCUCAUAGAACUUGGAAGUUUUACAGAAGUUCGUGUGGGUGACCUUGAAUGUGGAGCUCUUCAUGCCGUCAAACAAUUACGUCUCACCUCUAACGAUCAAAUGUUCCGCUGUUUUGAGCACUUUCAGCAUGCUGUUCAACAGUUGAUUAGAAUGGAUGAUCCUAAAUUCUUUGUUCGUGUACAUGGACUUAUCCUGACCACCCCUCCAAUGUUAGUGAUGGAAAAAGCCCAGUAUGGUUCCUUAGCAUCCUUCUUUAAGAAGAGAAAGCCUAAUCAACCAAUCAAACCAUUUCAUCUGCUGAAUGCAGCCAGUCAGAUGGCUCAAGGAAUGCUGUUUCUGAAUGAGCGUCAUUUGGUUCAUGGUAACCUGCGUUGCCGUAACUUGUUAGUCUUCCGCUAUGAGAUUGAUGACAUUCUGGUGAAGAUCGGGGACCCAGGAAUGGUUACUCUUCUAAAUAGCCUAGAUCUCCUCAACCAGCAGAACAGACACAGGUUACUGUACUUAGCCCCUGAACUGUACACAGACUAUCAGAAAAAGGAAUUAUCUUCACGGAUUUCCAAAAUGACCCCCCAGUCAGACGUGUUUGCGUUCGGGACAACCCUCUGGGAAAUGUUCUCUGACGGACUAAAUCCUGUGGACUCACACAGAUUCCUAAACUUAUCUAACGACAAAGUUUUAAAACUCAUGUUCAAGAAAAAGCUUGAUCCUCCCCAGAAAUUGAUGGGAGACAUGGAAUGGGCAAUAAAGCUGAGAGACUUGAUGUCUAAAUGCUGGAACCUGUUAGAAGAAAGACCAGGACCAAACCUUUUACUGAGGGAUUUACGGGCCCAGCUGGCAGAUUAUGCAGAGCCUGAUGCAUAUUCCUCAAUCAGGAGAGAGCUUCUAAACGUGAAUGACAAUUUCCCCAAAAUGCCUAGAGAUGUUCCAGAUAUUAUCAGCAGUACACAGGAAUCCCAGCCACGGACACCCUCAAAUUCCCUCUCACCCACAGAGGACACAAUAGACCCCACCAUGAUAAUCAUUCCAAUUCCAUCGGUGACGGACCGGGAGUGUGUGACCAAGGCUACAGAGUCCGUCAUAAAUCGAUCGCUUCCAGAACUUCCUCUGGAUCUCAAAUAUAUCAUCAGUUCUCGCCGACUCAACAUACGGGAAAAUAAGAUUGGAGUGGGCCACUAUGGGGUGGUGAAGCGGGGUUUACUGUACGCUAGUCAGGACGACAAAUCCAAUCCUCAGGAAAUUGCUGCCAAAGAACUGAAGGGGGAUUUCCAGAAUGUUCUGGACAGCACAGAGUUCAAGGAGGAGGCCAUAUUGAUGUCUAAACUGGAGCAUGAUAACGUGGUCAAAUUCCUGGGAAUCAGUGAUAACAUGUUGAUUCUGGAGUACAUAGAAAAUGGUGCCUUAAACGUGUAUCUGAGGAAAUACAGGAAACAGAAUACCUACCUUCCUGUGUGGAGGCUAAUUAGAAUGAUUAACGAUGUUGCUCAGGGAAUGGCUUACUUAGCCAGUAAGCGGGUGAUACACUGUGACCUGGCAGGAAGAAAUGUCCUCCUCACGAACAACUUGGUGGCUAAAAUCACCGACUUUGGUCUGGCAAAAAUUCUACAACAAGAUAAAGAUUACUAUACCAGAUCUACAGGCAAAGAGCUUCCACUGAUGUGGUGUUCACCAGAAAGUAUAGCAAGUAGAAAAUUCACCACAAAAGGGGAUGUUUGGAGCUAUGGUAUUGUGAUCUGGGAGGUUUUCACUCACGCCAAAGUCCCCGUUCUGUGUCAGAAUUUCUCCAAAGAAGGAUACCAGAAGCUGAUGGAUGGAAAACGCCUCCGAAGAACCACCCACUGUCCAGAGGUGGUGUACAAAUUUAUGGAGAGAUGCUGGGAAUUCAACCCUGACAACCGACCCGAUUUUAACGUGGCCUGCGAAAUGUGCAGGGAAUUUACUGAACUUUAUCCAGAACCAAAGGAAGAAACAGACAGAUCCCCUCAUCAACAAGAACCCCUCCCCCCAGUUCCAACAGUUCCAAUAGAACCCACAUCCCCUGAGCCUGACCCCACGGAUCCCGACCCUCCCCCACAUCUCUCUGACUCCAAACAGACAGACGGACAAACUAUCCCCGUGAAUCCGUCCCGCCCAGCGUAUCUGCCAUCAGAGGACAUCAAAUACAUGAUCAACACAAACAACAUUAAACUGGAAGAUGAAGUCAUAGGAAAGGGGCAUUUUGGAUUUGUCAAAAGGGGCACUUACAAAAAAGGCAGGGAAAACAUAAUGGUGGCUGCCAAGGUGUUUAAAGCUGCGGUUUCUGCGACCAUAGAGAGAGACAUGGUAAAGGAGGUAGACGUGUUGGGAACAUUGGAUCAUCCUCAUAUUGUCAAAUUCUAUGGCUUCACCAAAAAACCAGAGUUAAUGAUGAUCAUGGAGUAUAUAGAGAAUGGAUCAUUGAGAAGUUAUCUUGAGGAGAACCGCAGGAAAAAGACUCCUGUACCAGACUCCAGACUGAUCGCCAUAGCAAUAGAUAUCACUAGGGGCAUGGAGUAUCUUACUGAUGUCAAGGUGUUUCAUUGUGACUUAGCUGCAAGAAACAUUCUUCUGACCAAGGACUAUAUGGCUAAGAUCGCUGAUUUUGGACUCUCCAAACUCAUGACUUCAGACAAGGACUAUUACACCAGAAAAGGACAAAACGCCAUACCUCUGCAAUGGUGUGCCCCAGAAGUGAUAGAUAGGACUAAGUAUUCCUCUAAGACGGACGUGUGGAGUUUUGGGGUUGUGUUGUGGGAGUGCUUCAGCCAGGGAGAGAUCCCGCAACUCUGUAAAGUAAACAAGGAGGAGUUACGCAAAUUAUCCUACCACUACUUACAGAUAGGGGGGCGGCUCCAGAAACCCCCGGGGUGUCACGAGGAGGUGUAUGGACUGAUGAUGAAGUGCUGGGAGUGGGAACCAGUCAAACGACCACCAUUCUCACAGAUCUUUGUUCAGUGUUUAAAGUUACAGGAAAUUCUUGGAAACAACAUGGAGUAAAAAAAAACAGUCGCACUGAAGUUGAACUGAAACUGAAGUCUGUACAGAUAUCUAUGUUAGGGACCAAGUGACACUUCCAAAAUCAUGUGGUGCAAUAUGUAUUGUAAAUACAAUGUGUUUAUAUUUUUAUAGAAGAAAAGGAGACAAUUUAAAUAGGUCAAAAAUCAAGAGCUUUAUUUUCACAUAAUCACACAUGAUAUAGAGUUCUUGCAAAAUCUCACACAUGUAAUGUAUUUUCUUUAAGAUUAUAUAUAAAACAUUAGCCUAAAUUAUUGAAAAUGUUGCUUUGGUUAUAAAUACCAAACACCUAUAAGGCAAAAAUAAGGGGAUGCAAAAAUCUGUUCAUGUACUGUGGAUUUUUAUAUAGAUGUUGUAUUAUAGAUAAUAAAAUAUUCAUGCGCCAUGUGUCAGACAUACAGUGUAAAGUUGUCAAUUUCAAUAAUUUACAAGCAUUAUUUUUCAAUAUAAAUGAAGAAUUAUUUUAUUGAAAGUUUUUUGGUAGUCUUUGCAUGGUACAUUAAAUGUAUGCAUUUAUGUUUUGUUGUACAUACAGUACUGUAUUCUGUUAAAAUUA